GUCCUACACGCACGGCGCAUGCGCAUGCAGCUGCCGAUCCGCAGGCGCAGCGCAGGGGCCCAGGCGGAGGACGACGUGCGCACGACGCGGCCUGGGUGGAGCCGGCACGGCAUGGCGAUCCCGACCUCCCCUCCCCGCCGCGGGCUCCUCCGCCUCCUCUCCGUCCUCCUCCUCGCGCGCACCGCCGGCGCCGGCGCCGGCGCCGCCUCGGAGUUCGACGACGGCACCUCGCCCAAGUUCCCCGGCUGCGACAACACCCUCCAGAAGGUGAAGGUGAUGUACUGGGUGAACGGCAACGAGCAGAGCAGCCUGACGGGGAUCAGCGCGAGGUUCGGCGCCGUCCUGCCGGACACCGCCGGGUCCGGCGGCCAGAAGCGGCCGGCCGUCCAACCCGACCCCAAGGGCAGCUGCGCCAAGUCGGCCAACCCGCUGUCCGACUCCGUGGCCGUGGCGGUGCGCGGGGAGUGCACGUUCAUCGACAAGGCCAAGACGGCGGAGGCCGGCGGCGCCGCCGCGUUGGUCAUCAUCAACGACGAGGACGCUCUGCAGAAGAUGGUCUGCACCGACAAGGACCCGCCUCCCAACAUCAACAUUCCCGUCGUCAUGGUGUCCAAGUCCGCGGGCGACAAGAUUCAGUCAGCCCUCUUUGACGGGAACAAGGUGGACAUUCUCAUGUACGCGCCGCAGAAGCCGUCCUUCGAUGGCGCCAUACCUUUCCUCUGGAUGAUGGCCGUCGGCACGGUGGCCUGCGCCUCCGUCUGGACUGUCGCCGUCGUCGGAGAAGAGCCUAACAAGAACAACGCUGCUUCGCUGGGCGGGGAGGAGAAUCCCGAGGCCGAGGUCGUGGAGCUGCAGACCCAGACCGCGCUGGUGUUCAUCGUCACGUCGUCGCUUGUCCUGCUGUUCCUCUUCUUCUUCAAGUCCAACUGGUCCGCGUGGCUGCUGGUGUUCCUCUUCUGCGUCGGCGCUAUCCAGGGAAUGGAAUACGUCGCAUCAUCUCUUGCCAUAAGAGCAUGCAGCCGGUGUGGCGAACCAAAAGUGAAGUUUCCUGGCAUAGGGAAUGUGAAGGUGCUGACACUAGUUACCUUGUCGUUAGCCUUUAUCUUCGCCGCUACCUGGGUUGCACACCAGAACUCACCGUCUGGUUGGGUUGGUCAGAACAUCAUGGGCAUCUGUAUGAUGAUUCUUGUAUUGCAAGUGGUCCAUAUGCCAAAUAUAAAAGUUGCAUCGGCGCUUCUCAUCGCUGCUUUUCUGUACGACAUAUUUUGGGUGUUCAUCUCACCCCUCAUAUUCAAUAAAAGUGUCAUGAUCACAGUUGCUCGUGGUAGUGACGAUGGGCCGAGCCUUCCCAUGGUGUUGAAGAUGCCAAAGGAGUUCGAUUCAUGGAAUGGGUAUGACAUGAUUGGAUUUGGGGACAUUCUCUUCCCAGGACUGCUUGUUGCUUUCAGUUUCAGAUUUGACAGAUCGAACGGCAAGGACUUGACUGACGGCUACUUUCUAUGCCUAAUGCUCGGUUACGCCUUCGGCUUGUCGUGCACAUAUGUUGGACUGUACCUUAUGAAUAGUGGCCAGCCUGCUCUGCUCUACCUUGUUCCUUCAACAUUAGGAGUUAUCGCCUUGCUUGGCGCGAAGAGAGGGGAGCUCAGUCAGCUCUGGAACGCCAAGGUGUAACCUGGAUGGGAUGCUCCUUGUUGAUAUGAUGGAAUUGGUUGCAGGCUUGAAAUGGACUUCGGUUUAGCUAGACUUGUGAUCAUGGAUCCGGUGGUUUUUGGUGAAAACAUGCCAAUCAUUAGCAUGACA